CUUUCUACAAUCCAAAUUUUCUAUUAUCUUUAUUGCUUUGAAGCCAUCAUUAACCUCCCUUUUCCCACACUCAUCUUCUACUUCUUCCUGCAUAUUAAUACUCUUCAAACUCUUCAAUUUUCCAUCAACUACUGAACCCUUUAACUGAUUGCAUUCCAAUUUCAACCUCUCAACCAUGGAGAUCAAAACCGCCGACGAAGAAACCCAAUCUCAUAUUGACCAGAAACGACCCCUUUUGCGAGAAACCAUGAUCAUCCCAUCAAGAGAUGAAAAAACACUCAUCCAAAAAGCUAUUUCUCAAACCUUUCGAAGCACUGCUAAUUUGGCUAAUCUUCUACCCACUGGAACCGUCCUCGCAUUUCAACUUCUUUCCCCCAUUUUCACCAAUCAAGGCAACUGCGACUCAAUUUCUCGCUACCUCACCGCCGGCCUUGUUGCUCUCUGUGGAUUGUCUUGUUUCUUUCAGAGUUUCACUGAUAGUUUCAGAGACAGUCAGGGGAAUGUUUCCUAUGGAUUCGCCACUUUCAGAGGCUUGUGGGUCAUCGACGGCUCCGUGGAACUUCCGCCGACCGUCGCGGCUAGUUAUCGGCUGAGGUUUAUUGAUUUCUUGCAUGCUUUCAUGUCGAUUCUGGUUUUCUCGGCUGUUGCUCUGUUUGAUGAGGAUGUGGUGAACUGUUUUUACCCGACGCCAUCGGAUCAGGCGGAGGAGAUUUUGACGUCUUUGCCGGUUGCAAUUGGGGUGUUUUGUAGUAUGUUGUUUGUUGCUUUUCCUACCAGACGCCAUGGAAUUGGUUUCCCUGUCUCUGCUAAUUAGCGGCGAAGUUGCUAUGUGAUUCGCCGAAAUUUCUCUCCAGAAGUCGGAGAUACUUUGUGUGAUUCUGAUGAUUCUUUUUAUGAUUAUUAAUCAUUUUGAUAUUGCUCGAAUUCAUCAAUUUGGAGAAAUGAUUUCCUUUGAAAUUUGACAUUAACAAAAUAUGCAUAUAUAUAAAAACCAAGGAUUAAAUUA